AUGCCACGUCUGCAGUCUACUUUAAAGUCUCUACUAAAAAAUUGGGAAUAUAAAAUAGCUAUAUUUAUUGCUGUGUAUUUUCUUUUCUCGCAUGUUCUUUUAGAAACAACCGAUACUGUUAAGGAAAAGGGGUUGAAAUCCCAUCUCAAGCUUUUACCAGAAGAAGUUAUUGAAUACUACGAAAAACAGCCAUUCCCCCAUGAUGUUGAAAAAUACGCCUAUAUGCAAUAUGCUACAAAUUAUGAUUAUUUAAAUUUGGCAAUUAUCAACUUUAUUCACUUACGUAAGUCAGGAACCAAGAUUCCAAACUUGGUGAUUAUCUACGAUAAUAUUCUUAAUUUUUAUGCUAGUGAUAAAUGGAGUGAUUUAUUUCAAGUUGCCAAUCAUUAUAAAAUUACUUUGAAAUCGGCUCCGUUGAUUAAAGCAAACUACAAGGAUGAAACAAACUGGGCAGCUUCGUUCACAAAGUUUCAUGUUUUCAAUCAUGAUGAAUAUGAAAGAAUUGUUUUCUUCGAUUCUGAUUCAAUGCUUGUGGAUAUCCCUGAAGAAAUUGAUUUUGAUAAUAUGGAAAGCAAGUUCAAUAAUAUUGAUGAAUUGUUCAAGAUUCCAAAAGAAAUAUCAUUUGCCUUACCACAAGCAUAUUGGCUAAAUAAUGUUGUUGAAGGUAAGAGUGCUAAACCAAAAAUAAAAGUGGAAAUUCCAAACAAGAAGAGAUAUUCCCUUAGAAUGAAGAAAUUGGUUAAUGAUUUACAAGUGUCCCAGGAUUUUAACGUAUUACCCCUGAUUAUUUAUGAAAACCAUUAUUACGAUAACCUGAACCAUUUUUUUGCUAAUCACAUCAUGGUUCUAGAACCCUCAAAGAAGACAUUUAACGAAUUGAUGAGAUACGUGAACAACCCAUGGUGGUGGUAUAUUACCAAUAGGGCCAACCUUAGAAAGCAUUCAGAUUAUGAUAUGGAAAUCCUCAACAAGUAUUUGUAUAAUGAGUUACGAAAUAAAAACGUAAACGUGGGAAUAUUACCUCAUAGAGUCUAUGGAGUUUUGACUGGUGAGUUUGGAGAAGAAUGGCACGAAAGGUUUGUUGCUGAACCUCAAUAUUUGCCAUUUGUAAAGAAGAAAUCUAACAAUGGAUGGAACGCUAUUGAGUUCUUUAGAAAGAUUAAACUUGUUCAUUUUUCGGAUAGUCCAAUCCCAAAACCAUGGGAAGAAGAAAGUAACAAGGAUCACUAUAACACAAAGAAAAUUUACUGCGCCCAUGGUGACAUGGAAAAGUAUAAUAAGGAAUAUCCGGUUUAUAAGCCAAGAUUAACUGCAGAUUGUGACAGUGUUGAUAUAUGGAAUUGGUUGAGAAAUCAAUUCUAUAGAGAAAGACAGGGAUACUGGUUGGUGUAG